GCCGUCUCCGAUCCAAAUUCCCCGCGCCGUCCGGCUUCAGAUCGAUCGAUCGCUGCGGUCGCCGCCAUCUCGUUCAUCGCCGAGCUUCAGCAGCAGCAGCUCGGGUACGCGGGAUGGGGAAAAGGAGGAAGAAGGAGGAGGAGGAGGAGCAGCAGGCGAUAGAGGGCCUCCCCAACGACCUCCUUCGAGAGAUCCUGUCGCGGGUGCCGUACCAGUCUCUGUGCCGCUCAAAGUGCGUGUCGACGGCGUGGCUCACACUGUGUUCCGAUCCCGCCGUCCGUAGGAGAUCGCCGCAGACGCUCUCCGGUUUCUUUGGCCUCUCCCACAGCGGCAGCAACCGUUUCGUCAACCUUUCCGGGAGAGGUCGGCCGCUGGUCGACCCUUCUCUCCCUUUCCUGAAUGGCUUCGAGAGCGUCAAGCUCUUAAACUGCUGCGGCGGCAUCCUUCUCUGCCACGGCAUGCGAGCGGACGGUGCACAAUACAUUGUGUGCAACCCUGCGACCGAGGAGAUCUGGGCCGUGCUGCCUGUGCCUGAUACCCAUGAGAUACCACGUCCUUGGGGUUACAGCACCAUCUGCUUGUGUUUUGAACCUAUCGUCCCCUCUCGCUUUGCGGUGUUUGUCAUCAUUGAUAAUGGUCACGACAUUACCAUUAUGGAGGUCUACUCAUCGGAUACCGGAGAAUGGACUUCCAUGUCGAGCCGAUGGGGUCACAAAAUUGUGUUGUAUUGCUUGGAACCAGAAUACUUUUUCUUAAAUAGCACUCUGCAUUCCAGUGCCUAUGAUUCUCGUGUGGAGACAUUUGACUCGGAGGGAAAUUCAAUAAACAUGAUAGUUGCAGUGGACACAAGCGGGGAUACUUGGAGGACAACUCGACAGCCAACCAAAGCUAAACUUAAUUUCUUUGGGCACUCUCAAGGACGAUUACAUGGAAUGGAUAUAGACAAUCGUAAUGGUUGCCGGAUAUCAGUUUGGGUUUGGUUUUCUUAUCAAUUGCGUCCAGGAUCAUUUGUUUUUGUGGCUUUAAACAUUGUUUUGUUGGCAAGUCCGUGA